CUCUGGGGAAAGCUCAGUGCUUCCCGGGUUAGGGGAAGGGGACCGAGUUUGGAACUAGUGGCGCCCGACGUCAGGGCUGCUGCGAGGAUGCGAAGGCUAAGCCUGGCGUGGCUCCUGGGAGGCGUCAUCCUUCUGGAGGCCUCGGUCUCCUGCAACCGGACCUUCCCAGGUGAGGACCUUGCACCGGGAGGGCUUAGGCGGCGGAGGAACGCUCUCGGACCCAACAGUAAAGGAAGAAGUUUAAUCGGCAGAUCGAACACCCCCGCUCCAGACUCUGGGAAAGGGGUUACAGUAGUAGAACCCGGCUUUUCCAUUGAUGAUUUCUCUACAUCCAUCCUCACUGGGAAGCUGACUACUGUCUUUCUUCCAGUCAUCUACACCAUUGUUUUUGUGAUUGGUUUGCCCAGCAAUGGCAUGGCCCUCUGGGUCUUCCUUUUCCGGACCAAGAAGAAACACCCUGCUGUGAUUUACAUGGCCAAUCUGGCCCUGGCCGACCUCCUCUCUGUCAUCUGGUUCCCCCUGAAGAUUGCCUACCACCUGCAUGGCAACAAUUGGACCUAUGGGGAUGCCCUUUGCAAGGUGCUGAUUGGCUUUUUCUAUGGCAACAUGUACUGCUCCAUCCUCUUCAUGACCUGCCUCAGCGUGCAGAGGUACUGGGUGAUCGUGAACCCCAUGGGGCACUCCAGGAAGAGGGCAAACAUUGCCGUUGGUCUCUCCCUGGCGAUCUGGCUCCUGAUUUUUCUGGUCACCAUCCCCUUGUAUGUCAUGGACCAGACCGUCUAUAUUCCGGCCCUGAACGUCACCACCUGCCAUGAUGUGCUACCUGAGGAGGUACUGGUGGGGGACAUGUUCAAUUACUUCCUCUCCCUGGCCAUUGGAGUCUUUCUGUUCCCAGCCUUCCUUACUGCCUCUGCAUACGUACUCAUGAUCAAAACCCUCCGUUCUUCCGCCAUGGAUGAGCACUCAGAGAAGAAAAGGCGGAGGGCUGUCCGACUCAUCAUCACCGUCCUGGCCAUGUACUUCAUCUGCUUCGCUCCUAGCAACCUCCUGCUGGUCGUGCACUAUUUCCUCAUUAAGAGCCGGGGCCAGAGCCACGCCUACGCCCUCUACCUGGUCGCCCUCUGCCUGUCGACCCUCAACAGCUGCAUCGACCCCUUUGUCUACUACUUUGUUUCCCAAGAUUUCAGGGAUCAGGCUAAAAACGCGCUCCUCUGUCGAAGCGUCCGCACCGUCAACCGCAUGCAAGUCUCCCUCACCUCCAGCAAGUUCUCCAGGAAAUCCAGCUCUUACGCUUCUAGUUCAACCAGCGUUAAAACUUCCUACUGAGCGGUACCUGAGGAUGGCGAGCCUGCUUCGU